GUUUCUCUGUUUGAAGAACAUACGGACAUUUCUCACGGCCUGUUGUGAGACAUUUGGAAUGAAGAAAAGUGAACUCUUUGAGGCCUUUGACCUGUUUGAUGUGCGUGACUUUGGGAAGGUUAUAGAAACAUUAUCACGGCUUUCUCGUACACCGAUAGCAUUGGCCACGGGGAUCAGGCCCUUUCCAACCGAAGAAAGCGUUAAUGAUGAAGACAUCUACAAAAGCCUUCCUGACUUAAUAGAUGAGACUCGUGUGGAAGAUGAAGAAGAUCUCUACGACUGUGUUUACGGGGAAGAUGAAGGUGGAGAAGUCUAUGAGGACCUGAUGAAGGCAGAGGAAGCACACCAACCUAAAUGUCAAGAAAAUGAUAUACGAAGUUGUUGCCUAACAGAAAUUAAACAGACAGAAGAAAAAUAUACAGAAACUUUGGAGUCGAUAGAAAAAUAUUUCAUGGUACCACUAAAAAGGUUUUUGACACCAGCAGAAUUUGACUCAGUGUUCAUCAACAUUCCUGAACUUGUAAAAGUUCAUCGGAGCUUAAUGCAAGAAAUUCAUGAUUCCAUUGUAAAUAAAAACGACCAGAACUUGUAUCAAGUUUUUAUUAACUACAAGGAAAGAUUGGUUAUUUAUGGGCAGUACUGCAGUGGAGUGGAGUCGGCCAUCUCUAAUUUAGAUUACAUUUCUAAGACAAAAGAAGAUGUGAAACUAAAAUUAGAGGAAUGUUCCAAAAGAGCAAAUAAUGGGAAAUUUACGCUUCGGGAUUUGCUUGUGGUUCCUAUGCAGCGUGUUUUGAAGUACCAUCUUCUUCUUCAGGAGCUCGUCAAACAUACCACUGAUCCUGUUGAAAAGGCAAACCUGAAGCUGGCUCUUGACGCUAUGAAGGACUUGGCGCAGUAUGUGAAUGAAGUGAAAAGAGAUAACGAGACCCUGCGUGAAAUUAAGCAGUUCCAGCUGUCUAUAGAGAAUCUGAAUCAACCAGUGUUACUCUUCGGACGACCUCAGGGAGAUGGUGAAAUUCGAAUAACCACUCUGGACAAACAUACAAAACAAGAAAGGCAUAUCUUCUUAUUUGACCUGGCAGUGAUUGUGUGUAAAAGGAGAGGCGAUAACUAUGAAAUGAAGGAAAUCAUAGAUCUCCAGCAGUACAAGAUAGCCAACAACCCUACGACUGACAAAGAAAAUAAGAAGUGGUCUUAUGGCUUCUACCUCAUCCAUACCCAAGGACAAAAUGGGUUGGAAUUUUAUUGCAAAACAAAAGAUUUAAAGAAAAAAUGGCUGGAACAGUUUGAAAUGGCUUUAUCGAACAUAAGGCCAGACUAUGCAGACUCCAAUUUCCAUGACUUCAAGAUGCACACCUUCACUCGGGUGACGUCCUGCAAAGUCUGCCAGAUGCUCCUGAGAGGAACAUUUUAUCAAGGCUAUUUAUGUUUUAAGUGUGGAGCAAGAGCGCAUAAAGAAUGCCUUGGAAGAGUAGACAAUUGUGGCAGAAUUAAUUCGGGGGAACAAGGGCCGCUCAAACCACCGGAGAAACGAGCCAAUGGACUCCGAAGAACUCCCAGACAGGUGGAUCCAGGUUUGCCAAAAAUGCAGGUCAUUAGGAACUAUACUGGAACACCACCCCCAGCUCUUCAUGAAGGACCCCCGCUACAUAUCCAGGCAGGGGAUACUGUUGAACUUCUGAGAGGAGACGCACACAGUGUGUUUUGGCAGGGUAGAAAUUUAGCAUCAGGAGAGGUUGGAUUUUUCCCAAGUGAUGCUGUUAAGCCUUCCCCAUGUGUACCCAAACCAGUAGAUUAUUCUUGCCAACCCUGGUAUGCUGGAGCAAUGGAAAGAUUACAGGCAGAGACCGAACUUAUUAACAGGGUAAAUAGUACUUACCUUGUGAGGCACAGGACCAAAGAGUCAGGAGAAUAUGCAAUUAGCAUUAAGUACAAUAAUGAAGCAAAGCAUAUCAAGAUUUUAACAAGAGAUGGCUUUUUUCACAUAGCAGAAAAUAGAAAAUUUAAAAGUUUAAUGGAACUUGUGGAAUACUACAAGCAUCAUUCUCUUAAAGAAGGGUUCAGAACCUUAGAUACAACUCUGCAGUUUCCGUACAAGGAGCCAGAACAUUCGGCCGGACAGAGGGGUAGUAGGGCAGGCAACAGCUUGUUAAGUCCGAAAGUGCUGGGCAUUGCCAUCGCUCGGUACGACUUCUGUGCGAGAGACAUGCGGGAACUGUCCUUGCUGAAAGGAGAUGUGGUGAAGAUUUACACCAAGAUGAGCGCGAAUGGCUGGUGGAGAGGGGAAGUGAACGGCAGGGUGGGCUGGUUUCCAUCCACAUAUGUGGAAGAGGAUGAAUAAAUUCCAAUCCAGCGUUGCACCCUGUACCAGAAAUCUCAGAGAACGAAUCAACGGAGCCUGCAAAGCGUUAUGAAUUACCUGAAGUGUUUAAAAAGCUGCAUUUCUGGCUGUUCCACAUCCUCCCUCCUUUCCCCCUCCCAAGUCUUAAUGCUGGGAUUUCUAAAGAUGCUGGUACUGACAGAUUAAUGGCUUGCCUAGAGCCGUGCAAGAAGCGGCCUGCCCAUCUGUCAUUGUCAGGGACCAGGGCAAGGCCAAAAGCUUUUCUUCCCAAAAGAGCCCUGCAAACACAUUCGUUCAGGUUUCUCUUUACCUCCGUCAGGUCAGAUACCCUAAAGGCCAGCCACUAGUAAAUGCUUAAUGUGCAGUUUCUUUAUUUUCAUGUGCCAUUCACCAGAGUUUUUGAUGGUGCGAAGAAACAGAGGUUUAAUUCUGCUUUGCCUAGCAUGAAAAAAAAAAAAAAAAAUUGAGUAUUGUCAUUUGGGAAAGAUCCAGCUUACUGGAAGGAUUCAGCAUUACUUGUCAUAAAUUGUCCAACAGGUGACUCAUUGCCUAGCAAACAAUUUCACCCCCAGAUGUCACUCAUGAUAAAAUAGAAAAGACAAAUGCUUAGGUUUGCCUCGUAAGUGAUAAAUUCCAGAAAGGUUUUAAUUACUCAUUUGAUGUUCUGAUUAUAUUUGCACACUCCUUCUUAUAAAAAGAGAUAAAGCACAUGGCAGUUGUCUUCGUAUUAAAUUUUACAGCCUUCAUGAUUCCAGAGGGUUAUUUUGGAAAUGCAGUACUUGAUGAAAUAAUUGUGGUUAGGUAUAUUAUGGGUAGUUUCCCAUAACCUGAGUAGGUGGCAUUGUUUACAAAGCAGAUCAAGGGCUACAUUCUGUAGUAAAUAAUUUUAUAGCAGCAACAUCUAUUAACAUUAGCCUUUUCCUUCCCCCUCGAUAGAUCUGGAACCUAUUUGUUGAAUCUUAUAUUUUCAUAGAGUAUCUACAAGAGCACAAGCAAGUUUGUGGAGGAUUUUGGAAGGAAAGCACACCUGGGUCCUUUAUGCAUUUCAGGGACAAAGAGAGGGUCACUGGGCUUCUGUGGACUUGUGGCUUUUCAGAAUCUCCCCUUUUGCAGCCUUUCUGCGCAUGUGUUACCUAGCAGAAGAUGGGUUUUGCAGCACAUCGAUUUUACCACGCCGUCGUAGUUUUCAUGUGAGGGUCUAAAUACAUUCUUCCUGGAAUGACCGGAGUCUCCAAUCCAGGCAGUCAGGUUAAGACACUAACUGGCCCUUUCCUGAUGAAAUGCUUCCUCCACAGUGAAAGUGAUGUUCUGAAAAGAUAACAGAAAGUGUUUUGUGUUUGGGACAAACAAAAAUCCGAAGCAUUAACUUCAUAGAGCCAAACAAGGAGCGUUCAGUUCUGAAAUUCUGGGUCAUCUCUGCAAUGAGAGGGCCAAGCCUGCCCUCUUCCUGGCACACUUGGGUGUCAGAACUUGGUGUUCGGCGGUCACAUACUUCCUGCUAGAGACCCUCCUGGGCUAGGACUUCUCAUCUAGAGUAGAGUCAAGACCUUUACCUCAGAAUUAUGUAAACUGUGAUUGUCUUUUAGAAAAACUAUUAUUUGCUAAAAUCAGUUAAGUUUUUGUAAAUGUGUAAAUGACCACGAAAAUGUAUUUUAUAAAAUGUUCUGUACAGUAGAGUUGCACCACCAAGGUGAAGUGUUGGAGUGGAUUCCUUCCUGUAAAGUCUUACCUGCGACUGUGUCCUGGGAAUGUUUGUCUGUUACUGUCAGCCAAGCGUUGUUACAGAGAGUGCAGCUUCACACAAGCUGAUCCACUCCCGUGUGCCGUGGCGUGGCGUGUAUUGUUUAUUUCCAUCAAUAGCGUCCGCCCUUACAGAUGGGAUGUGAUCUCUGUGUUGGGCUUCACUGGCCUGGAGGUUUCACGGCAGAGGAUAUUAGAUCCCCAUUUUCAUAACAUCACCAGUUACAUCUUUGUCUACGUUUAAUACUUUGUAUUGGAAACUUUAACUGCUGCGGAUUUAUGUAGAUUUCUAAUACCAAAGACAGAGGUAAAUGUUUUUCAUAUGCUUUGUCUUGCCUGUGUGCAGCCCUUAUGUAAUUCGGUGAGUUAGAAUGGUAUCGUACUUUGUAAUAUUUUGUAAAUAUGUCAAUACAAUAAAUAGUUACCACUUGCA